AUGAGUUUGCAUCAUCUUGGAAUCGCCCAUUUUCCUGUGCUUCAUCGCCAGUUCUCGUCGCCCAUCACCAGUCCACGCUCUAUCCAGCCCAGUCCGAGGGAAGAAGACCUGACCGAGGAUAACAAAGAUGUCCUCAUCGAAAGACUCCACGAUGUGGUGCUGCGGCUAUCCAAGGAUAAUUCUCUUGAGAAUACCACAAUUGCAGCAAUACAUCACAAAGUAGACGAGGUUGAGAUAUUGAUGCGCGAGGGAAGUCGUCGAAAGUCACCCAGCUUGAGGAGCGGGAGCUUCGGUAGUGCUCGAGAGGAUGAUACGUUUUGGGGGCCACGAACACCAACACAGAGUCUCAGAAUGCGUCUUCCCGAAAUGGUCAAAACCUCGCCGCAAUCUAUCCGUGAUGUAGAAAUGACCACUAAAGCUAUUCAAAUCGCUAGAGAUGCUGAGCAGCUGACAUCACAACUGUCCAAAGCUAUCGCAGAGCUACAGAUAAGGAGAGAAGAAUCAGAUCACAUACAUGAUCUACUCGUAGCACGAGCCGAGAAAGCGGCGGAACGCAUCCUCCUACUUGAGUAUCGCAUAGCUGAAAUGGAAGAUGACUUCGAUGCAAAUCAAUCAGAGCUCAAAUUCCUCCGAAUUCAAUUACAAUCCAUCGAAGCCCAGUGUUCGCAAUAUAUUCCCCGAGAUGCCGACCAAGAGCUGACUGAGAGUAUUAUGAAUUGGAAGGUUGAUUGGGAAGAUAUCGAUAGGCGGUCCAAAGCGCGGAGGAAAAAAUGCAAUGUUUCUGCGGCUCAUAAAGAUGAUACCGAGAGCGUUAUAGGCGUUGCCUCAACUAGCCUACUCCCGAUACUACGGGCCGUCAGUGAUCGGUAG